AUGGCUGACAACAGCAGUGAUGAGUGCGAAGAGGAAAAUAACAAGGUCCUAAGUGAGGGCAUGCCACAGGCUCCAGGCCCUAGAGUCAAAGACAUGGACCCUGUCCCAACUUCUGCGGCAAGCCCAAGCACCACCUUAUCCCUUUUCGUCAGCUUGAGGGUGGGGUGGUGCAUCUAGAACCAGAAGCCCAGAAAGAAAAAGAAGACCUCGCAGCCCACUCCUCAGCGGGGCUUUAGUGAAAACGAUGAUGAUGACGACGAUGAUGACUCAUCUGAAACUGAUUCUGAUGAUGACGAUGAUGAUGAUGAAGAGCACGGGGCCCCUCUGGAAGGUGCCUACGAUCCUGCAGAUUAUGAGCAUUUGCCAGUUUCUGCUGAGAUUAAGGAACUCUUCCAGUACAUCAGUAGGUAUACACCUCAGUUGAUUGACCUGGACCACAAACUGAAACCUUUCAUUCCUGAUUUUAUCCCAGCUGUCGGGGAUAUUGAUGCAUUCUUAAAGGUUCCACGUCCUGAUGGAAAGCCUGACAGCCUUGGCCUACUGGUAUUGGAUGAGCCUUCUACAAAGCAGUCGGACCCUACAGUGCUCUCACUUUGGUUAACAGAGAAUUCCAAACAGCACAACGUCACACAACAUAUGAAAGUAAAGAGCCUGGAAGAUGCAGAAAAGAAUCCCAAAGCCAUUGACACAUGGAUUGAGAGCAUCUCUGAAUUACACCGCUCCAAGCCCCCUGCGACUGUGCACUACACCAGGCCUAUGCCUGAUAUUGACAUGCUGAUGCAGGAAUGGUCUCCAGAGUUUGAAGAGCUUUUGGGAAAGGUGAGCCUGCCCACAGCAGAGAUUGACUGCAGCCUGGCAGAGUACAUAGACAUGAUCUGUGCCAUCCUAGACAUCCCCAUCUACAAGAGUCGGAUUCAGUCCCUCCACCUGCUCUUUUCCCUCUACUCAGAAUUCAAGAACUCACAGCAUUUUAAAGCUCUAGCUGAAGGCAAGAAAGCACUCACCCCUCCGUCCAACCCCACCUCCCAAGCAGGAGAUGUAGAGACAUUAACCUUCAGCUGA